GCGACCCCGCUCCCCACCAAUGCGCGUGGCAAGGUGGAGUGGUAUGCUUUGGAUGCUGCGGACUCUGAGCAGGAGGAUCCCUUUCCGACGCUCGUGCCGGAGCCUCGGCAGUCGGAGCCCGAAGAGGCUGCGGCGACGCAGGAGCCCGAGACAGUCAGGACGACCCCGGAUGCCACUUCGCCCCUCGAGGUCGGAACGCCGCCUCGAGAGGAGACGAACCUGUCGGAGGCCAUGGCGCGGUCUGGCGGCUAUCCUGACGAGGGUGAUCUCUUGCAGCAGAAAGCUCCGGUGCCGUACCAGCAGCCGAUGCAUCGGAAAGUGCUUCUCCGGGAAAACUCGCCAGGGCAGAAGCCUUCGAAGGAGGUGAAUGGCAAUGCCGUGAAGCAUCCUUCCAAGGCUGCAGGCUUCGGCAAGGAGGCGGUCCGACCGCGGCUUCUCCAGCGUCCACAGCCUGCAAACGUCUCUCAGGCACCACCGGCGGAGCCGACCAUGGCAGAUUGCACUGCGCUGCCGACGAUGAUGGUGCCACCGCCGCCACCACCGACACAUCCAGGAGGCCCUGCGCAAGCCUGGCCUUCACCCAUCCGCAUUCUGCAGAGAGUAGCCCAACCCCUGUGCUUCGAGGCGCCCAAGGCUGAGCCGGCACCGACCUUGACGCCCGAGGACGAAGAUGAAGACGACGAUGAAUUGGACGAUCCAGUCCCGAACCCUCGUCGCUCCUGGCGCUGCGCCAGCGCCGGCAAGUCCGAGGGCGUGGGCGGAGCGCGGCGGACUCCGGCCCCGACCGCGAAGAGGGCGGCGCGGGGAGCGGCGAAGUCUAAGGCGAAGGCGCCAAGCUCCGAAAAGCCUGAGACGCCGGAAAAGUUGGAGAUGUCCGAGAAACCCGAGAAGAAGUCUGGUCGUCGAUCACGACGGUCGGAUUCUCGUGGAGGUCCAGGGACGCUGCCUCCUCCGCCGCCGCCCCCGCCCCCGCGCCCAGAGCGCCAGGCAGCCCCAGAGUCGCCUCCAGCGCCACCUCCGGCGCCGCCCCCGCCCCCGCCCGAGGCGCCGGCGGACGACGCCUCCGAGGACCUUGAUCCGACUCCAGAGCCGCCACCCACGCAGCCUGCACGUGGCGGUUCCAGGAGAUCUUCUGGCAGGCGCGGCUCCCGAGGUGGUGCUCGUCAGGCGUCUCGGCGCCAGGGCUCCGACACGCCACAGGCGGGCACAGCUGCCGAAUGGUUAAAUGCCGAUCGGAAGGCACCGCCCGCUUCGGAGCCUUCCGCGAGUGCAGGUUGGAAGCCGACGCUCAGGCCCGUUCCAGACUCUUUACGCGCCCUGCGCGGGAACUAG